UCAAAGUGCAAAAUUAUUUAGAUUUGUUUCGGUAAGAAAAACUCUCCUCUUCUAGUUCUUAUAAAUCUUUCGGUGAUUCCUUUGAGUUUUCCUUUCAGCUUUGAAUAAGAUGUCUGUCGGGUCAAGUUUCCUUAUUUAACUUAAUUCAAUUCCGUGGUUUUGUAAAAAAAAACAAAGCACGUUUUUCCGUUUAGAUGAAAAUGAAAGUUCAUUUUCAAGUUUUCAAGCAUUUGUUUGCUUUGCUAACGAUUUUGAUCCAGAUCGGUGAAGGGAUCAUGGUAAAACACAAUAAUUACGAAGAUUCUUGGUUAACAAAAUUAAUAAAAGAUUUGCCAGUACAAAAGCAGAUAAGAUGGAGGCAAACGGAGAAGUGCAAAUGCGGACUCACUCACAAAACAAACCACAGCGAGCGAAUUGUCGGAGGUUUUGUGAGUAAAAACGGUGCUUGGCCAUGGAUGGGAGCUAUCGUAUACAUGAGAGAUUCCACCCCAAAAAUUGUGUGUGGAACAUCAAUAAUAAAUCGCCGUUAUUUGAUAAGUGCGGCCCACUGUGGAGAGUACCUCAAAACGCAGGGAAUGGACAAAUUUCAAGUCUUUUUGGGAACAAAUGACUUAAAUGAUAAGGAUGCCGUCGUUCCGGAAUUAGAGGCCAUCAUUAUGCAUCCAAAAUAUGACACGAAAACGAAAGUAUACGACGUUGCUCUCCUAAAAUUGAAAACUCCACUGAAAUAUUCGGCCAGAGUUUCUCCUAUUUGCAUUUCCCCACAGUCAGGAGCACCGUAUAAGGACAAGGAAGCCAUCGUCGUUGGAUGGGGCUCGCUAAUGUUUGGUGGGGUUGCAACAACAAUGCAAAUGCAGACAAUGGUAAACGUAACCUCGAACAAAAUUUGUGCUGAGAAAUAUUUAAAGUCCGAAGAACCUGUGCAGAUAACUCCCAUGAUGAUGUGUGCCUCGGCUCCAGGCUCAGACUCCUGUCAAGGGGACUCUGGUUCUCCAUUGUUUCUGAAAAGGAAGGGAAAAUCAUCAGCCAUUUUUGAACAAAUUGGUAUUGUUUCAUUUGGCUCUGGCUGUGCAGACCAGAGAUAUCCAGGAGUUUAUGUUCGCUUGGGCAAAGUACUGAGCUGGAUAAGAACAGUGACUAACGAUGCCGUGUAUUGUAACAUGAAGUGAAAUAAUAUGUUUAUGAAAUUAACUGGCUGCAUUUAUAUUUGCAUUCACUAGACAAUUCAUUAUUUAACAUUUUUUUCAAAUUCGUGUUCGAUAAAACUGUUGAGAAAAAUUAAUUUUUAGUCGUUCAUUAUACAUAAAACCGACGAAAUUAAACAAGUUAAUUAGCCAGCCAUUCUUUAGUCAUGGUUCCCCCAAAAUUGCUAAAAACUUAUCCCCACAUGGCAGGUAUAUAUUCUACCAAUGUACUGGUACAUAUAUUAAAAGUUUCAGUACGAGUAGUUGGGUGCAUAUGUUGUACAUAAUUUGUAGCCCCAUACGCACAACUUAACAAGUUCAAUAGCAUCGUUAAUAGUUAUUAUCAUUCACAUGUGAUAUCCACUUAUCCUCCGAUUUUACCCACGAAUUCUCAGAACAGAACUACACACAAGUGUAUACAUAUCUAUACGUUCCCCUUCUCACUUUCACUAGAAUCUUCCUUAUCCUUAGUUUUACAAUCUAAUCAACAUUGGAUAAUAUGAAAAUUCAUGUUAAACCUAAUGGUGAUGUGAAUCCGGAUGCAUAUUACUUUGAUUAAACAUAAUUUUAUGUCCGUAAUAUUCACAAAACCAUUCAAAAUAGCAAUCAUCACUGAUUAUUUGAGAAAGUUUUCAUAUGUUGUGUGUCUCAUUCGUGAAAACAACUGGAUAACAUUAAGAGUUACACUUUUUUUAACAUUUGUUCACACUACACGUAGAAUUAUCUUAACUAUGCAAGUAAACUAAUUUAAUUUAAACUUAGCAAAAGAUUACGCGUAUCCUGAGGGUACUAUAAAUUAUUAGUAGGUAUAAAUUAUAAUAACAAAGUAUUUCUUCGCGUGAGAAAUUUUCCUAAAUUAAAAAAACUAAGUAUUCGUAAUACUCUACAAAUUUACAAAGUGAUUAGUGCUUGCAUGAAAUGUAAUUCUCGGAUGCGUGCAAGUACAAAAUGUGUACAUAUGCACGAUUUCAAUUCAUUCUCACAGCAUACAUAUGAUGAGCACUGAAGUUUUCAGAUAGUGAAAUCCAUUGGAAAGUAAACGUUGGUUUGCCUCCAAUUUGCAAACUGUCUUGACUUUUAUUCAAUUAGUUACUCGCUCCAUAGUGAAAAGGGAAUUAAGUAGCCAACAAAACAAUAGCGGGAUUAAGCUUGUGUAGGUGUUACGCGUUAAAUUACGAAUUAUAAUUAAUUUGUUCAACGGCAUUUUAUAAUGAUGUUUAAAAUACUUAGUUGUUGAGACGAUAGAGAUGAGAGGAAAGAAGCAGCAGGGUUCAAAAGACUGGCCCAGAUCGAGGUCAUAAUGUCAUUUCUUGCUUCAGUAAUUACGCAUAUCAUACACAAAAUCUCAACUCUGUGGUAAUCAUAACUUGCAACAAAAUGAAAGCAAAAGUAACGAGACAGCAGAUAACAUGAAAAUCAUAGGAAUUAUGUACAUGAAGGACUAUGUAGUUGGAUUCUUUUUCACUACAAGUAUCUAUGUAAUUAACAGUGAAGGUAUUCAUUCCGUAAACUGUCAAUUAUCACAGUGUAAAUAUGCACGUGGUUUAAACUUCAGAAAGGAUAACGUAUUUUUGUGUAAAAUAAAUCGAAUUUAUUGAUGAA